GCUCCUCUCCACUCCAGACUUGAGCGUCGCUGCGCACGGGUUGAAUCUCCCCUCUGACGAUUGUCUCCAAGAGAAACUCUUUUGUUUUCUGUUUUCUUCACCUUUUCGAGGGUGAAAAUCACGGAAUCUACUGGUGCAAUAAAGUGCUCACUUGAAGUUUUAAGGGGCUCCGUGAAGGUAAUUUAAAUCCAAGCUUUGUUUUGGCUCUGGGAUAAUCGUGCAGGAUCUGCGCCGGAUACGCCUGCCGACAGAGCAGCUUAAACAAUCCGGGUGGAUGGUUUUAAAUGGUGACCAGCAGUAGUGCAAAAAUCUCUGGACGCAUCUAGGAGCUACAGAACGUCUCUUCUGUUAACAAACAGAGGGACAAUGCUGUGGGACAAACUGUCCUGGCUGCUGGCCAUCCUGGCCGUAUCAUCAGGCGGGCUGCCACCUUCCAACGAGCCUCUGUCUGCACCCAGAAUCUUCCUGUCCUUUAAAGAAUUAAGGUCUACCGGCACUGCUCAUCACUUCUCCUUCCUGCUCAACUCAACCGACUAUCGAAUCCUGCGUAUGGACGAGGACCACGAUCGCAUGUAUGUGGGAAGCAAAGAUUACAUUCUGUCUCUGGAUCUGCACGACAUCAACAAGGAGCCCCUCAUUAUCCACUGGCCCGUUGCAUCCCAGAGGAAGACUGAGUGCAUCUUGUCAGGGAAAGACACAAAUGGGGAGUGUGGGAACUUCAUCCGUCUGAUUGAGCCGUGGAACCGGACCCACCUGUACGUGUGUGGAACAGGAGCGUAUAAUCCCAUCUGCACGUACGUGGAUCGAGGACGUAGGUCCCAGGGUUUCAGCAACCUACAGGCACUUCAGUCAGGAGGGAGAACGAGUCGAGCAGCAGACUACAGCUCUACAUCUGAGCCUUUGAGCAAUAAGGAGUACAUUUUCCGUCUGGAACCUGGCAAAGUGGACUCUGGAAAAGGAAAAUGCCCCUAUGAUCCUAAACUUAACAGUGUUUCAGCCCUGAUCAAUGGAGAGCUCUAUGCAGGAGUCUACGUGGAUUUCAUGGGAACAGACUCCGCCAUCUUCCGUACUCUGGGGAAGCAGACAGCCAUGAGGACCGAUCAGUACAACUCCAGAUGGUUAAAUGAUCCAACUUUUGUCCAUGCACACCUGAUCCCAGACAGCGGUGAGAAGAAUGAUGACAAGCUCUACUUCUUCUUCCGCGAGAAAGCCUCUGAGGUGGGCCAGAGUCCCAUGACGCAGUCCAGGAUAGGGCGGAUCUGCCUGAACGAUGACGGUGGACACUGCUGCCUGGUCAACAAAUGGAGCACCUUUCUCAAGGCUCGCCUGAUCUGCUCCGUGCCUGGAGCCGACGGCAUCGAGACGCACUUUGAUGAACUCAGGGAUGUGUAUAUCCAGCCAACUCAAGAUACGAGGAACCCUGUCAUCUAUGGAGUCUUCUCGGUUUCAGGGUCUGUGUUCAAAGGCUCAGCAGUGUGCGUCUACUCCAUGGCCGACAUCCGUAUGGUGUUCAAUGGGCCGUUUGCGCACAAAGAAGGGCCCAACUACCAGUGGGUGGCAUACAGUGGGAAAAUCCCCUACCCUCGACCUGGCACAUGUCCCGGAGGUACUUUCACUCCCAACAUGAAAUCCACAAAGGAUUACCCAGAUGAGGUUAUCAACUUCAUGAGAAACCACCCCACCAUGUACAACGCCGUUUACCCGGUGCACAAGCGCCCCCUGGUGGUCAGAACCAACGUGGACUAUGAGUUCACCACGAUUGCUGUCGACCAAGUGAGAGCUGCAGAUGGGAGCUAUGAGGUGCUCUUCCUGGGAACAGAUCGAGGGACAGUCCAGAAAGUCAUUGUCUUGCCAAGAGACGAUUUGCAGACAGAGGAGUUGGUUCUGGAGGAGGUGGAGGUUUUCAAGGUUCCCACCCCAAUCACCACUAUGAAGAUUUCAUCUAAACGGCAACAGCUAUAUGUAGGAUCUGUGCUGGGUGUGACCCACCUGGCCCUGCACCGCUGUGACGUGUAUGGCGAGGCCUGCGCGGACUGCUGUCUGGCCCGGGACCCGUACUGCGCCUGGGACGGCAAGUCCUGCUCCAGAUACUCAGCCUCACAGAAAAGGCGGAGCCGUCGACAGGACGUAAAGUAUGGCAACCCAAUCCGUCAGUGCAGAGGUUACAACUCAAAUGCAAAUAAGAAUACUCUGGAGACGGUUCAGUACGGGGUAGAGGGCAGCACGACGUUCUUGGAGUGCCAAGCUCGUUCUCCUCAUGUCUCCCUGAAGUGGCACCUGCAGAAGGAAAACAGUGACAGGAGGAAAGAGAUACGCUCCGAGGGUCGCAUCCUGAAAACCGACCAGGGCCUCCUCAUCCGCUCGCUGCAGUCCUCAGACAGCGGCAUCUACCACUGCACGUCCACCGAGAAGAACUUCAAGCACACCCUGGUGAAGCUGCAGCUGGUUGUCCUCUCCAGCCGCACGGUCAACAACGUGCUGGUGGACACGGGCAACACGGCCCUCCCCCAAAUCCAGUCCAGCGCCUGGACCCCGAGCGUGGGGCAGUACAAGGACCUGCUGACCAUCCUCAGCCAGCCGGAGAUGGGGCUGAUCAACCAGUACUGCAAGGACUACUGGCAGCACGGGGACGACAGCCUCGCGGACAGCAAAUCCAAAAGCCUGAAGGAGCUGAAGGAGCAGAAGAAGCCUCGCAACCGCCGGCAUCACGAGGACCAGACCAAUCCGGCAGAGACAUGAAGAGUUUGGAUUUACAGCCUGUCACGUUCAAACAGCACCCUUUGUCUACCUUCUCGUUUCUCCUCACAUCCCUCCAUUAAAGGGCAAUGACUCCAUUCAGCAGACCCCGCGACAGAAAGCAUCAGUUUGUAUGUAACGGUUGGAAGAACAAACACAAUAUUUAUUGUAGGUUGUACAAAGUAAUUCUUUAUACCUAUCUAGAAAACAUGUUUUUGUGAAUAGAUCUGUGCAAAUAUUGUUAUAUUAUUAUUAUUGUUAUUAUAAUUAUUAGUGUUAUUGUUUAUGACAUUGUGUUAUUAUGUUGGGAAUAUCUUUGGUGUUUUUUUUUUGUUUAGCUUUUUUUUUUUUUUUUUUUUUUUAACAGCAACUAUUACCCAGGACUCUUAGGGUAUCCACAUGAGGACUAUAAUGGAAGUAUAAUAAACUUUCCCAUUUUUAGGCAAUCAUUUUGGAUCGACUGGCUGCUGGCAGUAUUCUGUAUCAAAAAAAUCAGAAUUGCAGCAGAAAAGCCUGGCUUUUUUAAAGAGUCUUCUCCAGAACAGUCAUUGCGAAGGUGGACACUUUUGUACUGUAAAUAAAGGAGGAAAAAACGGCAUUUUCGUAACGAUGGAAGGGAUGCCGACGAACUGCCGCUGCGACAGCACGUCACAAACUCCCAGGAACGUCAAUUUUAAGCUCUUUCGCGGCGGGUCGACUGGCCUAAGGUCAAGGUUUCGAACUGCACCGCUCAUAUUCUUCCAUGAUAAGUUGCUGCCAAGUAUUUUCGCUUGUAUGUAAACAUCACAUCUCAGUCCUGUGUUCUCGACAUCUUGUUAUAAGCUGUUUAUUUUUGGGAGAAGGGUUAUUUUAACGAAACAGAAGCUGAAAACAGAACAUUGCUAUCUCUUCUCUUCUCUCUCUCUCUCUCUGUGGAGAUAGGUUAUUCCAGCAGGCAGCUAUAUGUCAGUCUGUGAUUAAAAAUAUAUUAGAGAAAGCACCUUUUGUUGCCAGAAUAGUGAUUUUUUUUUUUUUAAGAAAUCUUAUAGAAAGUUUUGUUUCUAAACAUAUUAAACACCCUAUAAACUGCAAUGCUGUGAAAGAGUAUUCGCCCACUUUGUUUUCACUGUUUUGUCACACAUAAGUAUUUCCAAUCGUUAAGCAAGUUUUAAUACCAGACAAAGACGAAUCGGGUAAAUGCAAAAAGCAUCUUGCAAAUGAUUCAUUUUGUAAAAAGCUAUCCAAACCCACCUGGUAUAUGAUAAAUAAAAUCUGCCUUUCACAUCCAAGAUUUUGACCUACAUUUUGGUUUAAUUGAGCCACAUUUGAGGGGAUCUGAAAAAUGAACAGCCUGUUUGAAGUGAUGCAUCAUCAUCUUAAUCGGGUUGAGGUCCAGACUUUGACUAGGCUACUCUAAAGCUACCUUGUGUUUUUGUAACUGAGCCUUUCAGAGAUGGACUCACUGGUGUGUUUUACACCGUUUUCUGCUGUUGCACAGCUCAAGUGGGCUUGAGAUUAGUUUUUUUUUUUUUUGUUUGUUUUUUUAAGAGUAGAACUAUUAAAUUACAAUUACAGAAGGUUGCCAAGAUCCUAAGGCAGCAAAGUAUCCCCUAGAUCAUCACACAACCAGGUUUUACUGUUUGUAGGAUGUUGUUUUUUGUGAAAUGCUGUUAUUUUAAGUCCAGAUGUGACAGGAUUUUGGCUUGUUUCAGAGGGCCUUUGUGUUCUUCUUGUUCAGCAGUAGUGUUUGCCUUGAAACUCUCCCAAGGAUGACAUUUUUUCCUGGUCUCUUUCCUACCGUUGAAUCAUGAACACUGAUUUUAACUCCAAGUGACGCCUGUAGUGCUCAAUGUUGUUCUGGGUUGUUCUGUGGCCUCCUGGAAAGCGCAUCGAUAUGCUCACGAAGUGAAAUUUGGUAGGUUGGCCACUCCUGGGAAGUUUCUCCUCUAUCCAGAAAGGAAGAAAACACGAGAACAAUGACUCUAACUUUGGCUUGCUGGAGUCCCAAAGUCUUAAAAAUGGCUUUGUAACCCUAUAAAGUUAUCAACGUCUGUUUGUACUUGAUUUUCUUUGAUUCAGGGCACGCUCUGUUGAUUUUUAAGAUAUAUUGGCCUACUUCACAUUGUCAGGUUCUUUUAAAGGGAUUUCUUGAUCCAACAUGUCUGGCAGUAAUUACAGAGUGUAACUAGUAAAACUGAUGAACCCGGUGCAUCCAGAAAAAUGUGGUUAAUCACAGUUAAUUUAUGAUUUAAGAAGGGGGUGAUUAAUUUUUUAACAUAGAGGCAGGUUGGUUUGGAUAGCUGUUUUUUCACUUAAUAAAUCUAAGAAUCAUUUUAAAAAAAAAUGAAUAACUACUCAGACUAUAUUUGUCUUGUGUUAAAAAAUGUUUAAUGUUUGGAAAAAAUGUAAUACUUUUUCACUACACAGUAUAUAUUUUUUUCCAUUCCUGCCAUUUUUAUGUAAAUAUUGGUGAAAAUAACGUAAUCAGUCUCUAUACAAGUGUGCAGAUUUAUAGUGCUGAUGACUGGUGCUGUACUUUAUGUAUCAUCUGGUUAAAAGAGAGCUCCUGCUGCUCUGUUUGUCCUGGUACAGAGCCCUCCUUUAUUACUGGUGCCACAGACUUCACACUAUGGAAACUAUCUAAAUACAGUGAACAUCAUCAUGUUGACUAGCCAAACCUGAAGAAAAAAAUGAAACCACAGUCUUCAGACAGUGAAUUUAAAAUGUGCAUGGCAUGUACAGUGUAUGUAUGUAGUGUUUUGUCGAAGAUGUUGCCGUGGAUGUCUUUAUUGUUGUGGGAAUUCAGAUCCUUUUUUAUUAUUAUUUUGGGAAAUGAUGAAAGGUCAGAAAGGCUGAUUUCAUUUUUGAGUUCUCAUUGUCAGAGGAAGAACACAGAUUUGCAUAUAUUUCUAUAUGAAAAUCUGUUUUCUGAGUAUGACUGGUCUGUGAGGUAAUGUAGAAUAAGCACACUUGGUGGUAAUGUAAUGACUUGUAAAAACUGCUAUCUUUUCUUCCUCAUAAAUGUUGCUAACUAAUAAAUUAAAGCUCUAUAUUUUAUAAUAA